CGGCAGCGAGGGCCCUGCCUCGGCCGGCCCGCACCAGGGCGGCGGCGGCGGCGGCUUCCGGCGAAGCCCUCUUGCCUUCAACAAAGAUGGUGAUCCCCGCGCAGGCCCCGCGGGCGCCGGGGCGCUCUGUGUAGUUCCUCACUUCCCUCUUGUUACGAGAUGGAUGCCAGAGACAAGCAGCUUUUACGCUCCAUGCGUCUGGAGCUCUGCACAGAGGUGCUGGUGGAUGGACUUGUUAUUCAGUAUCUCUACCAAGAAGGGAUUCUCACGGAUAGUCAUGUUCAAGAAAUAAAAUCCCAAACUACCAGUCAGAGGAAAACCAUGAUGCUCCUUGAUAUUCUCCCCACCAGAGGACCCAAGGCCUUUGAUGCAUUCUUGGAUUCCUUACAGGAGUUCCCAUGGGUUAAAGACAAGCUGAUGGUGAAGCGCAAAGAAAUUACAGUACCAGAUCCUGCAGAUGUAACUGAAAUCCCCCCGUGUAUUUUGAAGACUUCACCAACAGAUCAGCAGCUGAACAAGCUCGCGAGGAGGCUGGGACCCGAAUGGGAGCACAUAGUUCUGUGCUUGGGUCUGUCCCACACUGACAUCUAUCGAUGUAAAGUCGCUCACCCGCACAACCUGCAGUCACAGGUCGUGGCUGCCUUUGUCCUGUGGAGACAGCGUUUGGGGAAGAAAGCGACAAUCCAAAGUCUGCAAACCUGUCUGAUGGCAGAGGAAGUGGAUCCUUCUGUGAUACAGUACAUGCUGGAGUGAAGCCUCGCUAUUGAUUGGGAGCUUACAAGUAUAUUGUUAAAUGAAUCAAAGAGGACUCACCAAAAUGUAUGUUAAAGAUCUGACACCUCAAGCUGGAAAAAAUGGGGUUGGGAACUGUGGUUUUAUUAAUCUUAAACAUUCUGGUUUUCUGUGGUGUCUUGUGACUUGCAGUUCUUCUCAUGCCAGAUUAAUUUCUAGCAGGCAUUUAAAAAAUUGAUUGCUCUUUCCUGAUUGUUUUUUGUACUAUUCCAGUGGGGAUAUAGGGUGACACUAAAAGUCCUUGCAAGCAAGAGGCCCUGCAGUGAGUUCAGCAAGGUUUCUGAUUUCACUGCAGGAGCAAGACUUGGUUUAACCUAUUUUCUGAACUAUGUAGGAGCCUUUGUUUACUGCUGUUCCAUGCUAGUUCCCUGAUACUCCAGCAAUUAACUGACAGUAAUUUAACAAUUUUACAACAGUUAUUUUAUUUCAGGUGGCUAAUUUCACAUUUAUAAAAGUUUUAUCACAUACAGUUUCUUGCUACAAUAGAUGACUGCUACUUUAGUUUGCCUUUGAAACUGGCCCUAAGUGGAAGUUACAAGAACCUAGUGUGUCUGUGAGAGUUUCUCCCGUGACUAUUUAAUGCAUUUCUGCAAGGAGACAGGCACCACGCACGUAUGCCACCUCUUAGCAUAGGGAAGUUCUCAAUGAGACAUGCAGUAGAAAAGUGACUACAAGAUAGGCAGGAGACGGAAAACAGCAAGAAGGGGCCUAAAACAUGAGACAACUUCUAGGUUGUCCAUGUUUGUCUCCACUGAUAAAUUGGGAGACAACUUGAUGCCUGCUGAGUCUUUAUACUAUGCUCUGGAUCCAGGCAAUACUGUUUAACGUAAAUUUUACUCUUAGCUUGAGUGUCACAGGCACCAUUCUCUGACCACUGCAUGCCCGUGAGGGUACUGAAGCUUGCAAGUCCUUUUUGGUCAAGAUGUACUCUCCACUGCUGUCCUUUCUGCCUGUGCCAACCACCAGGCUCAUUUGCUUUCUACCAGCUUUUAUGUGGCUCAUGCAGCCAGCUUCAACACUCUUGUCCCUAAUUCUUUCCCAGCUGUAAUUGUACCACCAGUGAUGGUUAGAUUUUAUGCAGAACAGUAAAGCUUGGACUUUCAUCCUCCUUUCCUUCUGUCAAGGAGUCUUCUUCCUUCUGAGGAAGACCAAUGAGGUUUUUGCUGACCAGGUGAGUGGGGAUCAGUCCACAGGGUGCACAUCCAGAUGUGAUGGAAGUGACCAGCUGCUCUCUGAGGCCUAAUGAUAAGGGGCAGAAUAAGUCUUAAUUCUCCCUGGGAAGUUUGCUGUAGAGUAAAUGAGGAAAAAAGUUUGGAUGCAGGGUUUCCAGGUUUAUUAAAGAGCAAGUUCUGGUAGACUGUUUAAUCUACAGAGUCUUUGCCAAGUAACUUCCCAUCCUACAAGGUCUUCCCCAUGUAAUUUAACAGUUUAACAGCCUUGUUGAAAGUCUUUAUUGGGGAAUGAACUUUACUGCCUUUUUUUUUUCUUUUUUUUAUUCUUCCUAUACCUAGAUUUUGGAAGACAUCAGGGAAGUUGGGAAAUACAAAGAGAUUUUAAGGACACCCUGCCUGCCUUGUUUUUCAGAAGCGUGGGAACAGAAAACAUAUCCUGGCAGGAUCUGCUCCUGCAGGUCCCAAAGCAAUCUGGUAUUACUUUAGUUUUAAUCUUCAGUAUACAGUUCUGACCUUCAGUAAACUGUGAUCCUGUUAUACCUCACUCAGACCUUAACUACUCGUAUCCUAUUAUGGCUACUUACAGAGUUUAAGUCUAUCAACAAGUCUCAAAUAAACAAUGUAAAUCAAUGUAGGCCUUGGGAUUUAUUUAUUUUUCUGUUUUAUGAUGCUUUAAUGCCAGUAUAUUCUUUUUUGGUUGAAAACCAUCCUAGAGAAAAUCUAUAGGCAGUUGGCAAAUACAGAUGAGCAUGGCCCAGUGCAGGGAGUGUGGUGAGGACUCUGAAGCAAUGCUGCCAGGGAGAUGGGCAGGAGCAUGGUCUGCGUGUUAGGGAAGAGGGGCAAAGCAGUGUCCCUGCCAUCAGGUUGGAGGAACAAAAGCUGGAGAUGGAAGAAACUACUGAAAACAUGAUUUAGAGGAAGAAGCUGGCUCCCAGACACGUAAAUGCAAACACGUUACCUUGUUCUGAGCUGGCAUUAACCAAGUCUUAGCACACACUGGUCUCCAAGGGAGUCGUCCCCAGUUAACCCAGCCUGAAGGCAGUGCUCCAGGAAGGCAACAAGUCUGGGCAGUAGAGCAGUAGCAGAACACUCUUGGGGCCCUUGUACCUUCUUCUUUGGGUAGACUUCAUAUUUCAUGUUCUUCAUUUCUAAGGCUGAUUUCAGAUUAUCUGUAACUAAUAAAUUUAGAGCAUUUUUAAUGAUUAAGAAAAUAGCCUGGAAUAGGUAGGAAGUCUCAAGCCAAAGAAGUCUUCCUUGCAAGCCAGGGAUCCUUCUGUGUAUCUGCCAUGGGCCACUGGAAACCUGAUGGGUCAUUAUUGUAUCAGGUAAUUUCUCCAUAGUCCUUUAUCUGUUCUUUAGGUGGACUAAAUUCUGCAUCCCAGCAGUGGUACUGGAAUGACAGGAGCCAUGGCUAGACAGGGAAUUUAAAACCUGGCCUCUCAUAUUGUACAACAAAGCACUUAAUUCAUAAUUUAUAGUUACUUUCACAUUCCCAGGCCCUAAAUGAAUACUGUAAUACUUGAGUUGCAAAUAUUGAAGGGAGAGGUUUACUUAUUUUAUGAGACUGUUUCCAUUGCUGUUAUUUUUAAAUUCAUGGAAAUGUUCCUACUAGACUCUUCAGUUUUAUUAAAGCUUGUUUUUGCACCACGCAAACGCAAGGACACAUUUAACUUGACAGUAGUAUUCCUCUAAGCCAGUGGAUUUUUCCAUCCACUUAAAAAUAUUUUUCUUCUGUCUGUAAUGUUUUAAUUUACACAAGGAUACAAUUAAGACAAUUUAAUUCUUCAGAUGUAUAGCAAGGGCUCUCAUUCUCUCUUAGAACAGCCAAAAGGUCUUAAAAUGUUUAUUUUUCUCUGGCUAAUUUGGGAGCAAAUGUUAUUUAUUUAAAUCUCACUCAUAAGCAAGCCUGCAGCUUGAGUAUUGUUCAGGAGUGAGGCAACUCAGUGAGUGAAUUUCCCCAUCUGUCCCUUCCCCUCAAGUCCCCUGUGCCACUAGUUUGGGUGACAGGGGGCCUGUGCAGGGGCUCCUGUGCCCCCAGGACUGGUGCAUGGGGCAGGCUGACAGCCAGGGUAGCCCCCCAGCAAGGACUUGUCCCUCUUCCACAGCUGAUUGUUUGCACUGAGUGGCGUGGCCACUCCAGGCUUUGGGCUAGUGCAUGGGGCUCAGGGGCAAAGGUUAGCCAGCAGCAGCUGUCCUCCGAUGUGUCUGGCUUUCUUGACUGAUGCUGAAUAAGUCUUCCUAGUGAAAAAGGGAUUAUUGCUGUCUACCUACUCGUGGCAGUGUCUAGGAGCCUUGAGAGAGAAAAACAUAAAGGUGGCUGCUGCUGGACCUUCCACUGAAAUGAAUGGCUUAACUUCUUGUCCUUGGAAAAAGUAGUCAUUCAUUUUCUUCCUUGCCCUACAAAAGAGAUUUCGACAUCCCAUUUAACUCUGCUAAGUGGUAAGUAGGCUUUAUGAAAGCUGAUUUGUACUCUGCAAGUACAGGUGGACUCUUAGCAUGGGAACAGACAAGGUCUAACAGCACCAGCUGCGUGAAGUGGCAGGGGUGGUCACAAAGGGGAGAUCUCAGGGCAGAACCAUGUCACGGAGGCUUUGCGCUGCUGCCUUGAACUGCGGCGGGAGUGCAGAGGAGAAUGAAAAUGCAGUCAUCUUUGAGCUGCUUCUCCCUGAUGAUGUGGGGGAAAUUUCCAUCUUGAGUCAUAUGUUAUGACAGUCAUUGAACUGUGGAAUAAAACAUUUUGCAAAAGGCUGGAAAAAUAAACAAAGUCAUAUUAUAUUCAAAGAACAUAAAAGGCAUGCUCAUCUGAUGCUAAAUGUGGUCAUGCUGCCAAUUUUGUUUCUUACUGCAAAUAAAAACAGUCUCUGAGAGCUAA